AUGGACUGGCCGCUGAAUGACCCCGAGUUCUUUGAGGAGGACUUGGAGAAUGUGUUCAUCUACCAGGCAAGACGGAGCAAAGCAAUCUACCGUUUUGAGGGUGACAAUGUGCGCAACUGCUCGAAGAAAUAUCUCCAUCCACGAGAUACUAACCUACAGCACGGACUCGGGACGCGCGACGAGCCGCCAAACAAGCAGCACAAUCCGGCUAACUUAGAGUAUCUCCCGUUCACGCGGGCGAGCUUUGAGCGCAUCAUCACAGCCUUCCCGCUGCACGGCGAAACAACCCGCAUCAUCAACCGCAGCGACAUGGCGUUUUUCACCGACAUCAACCUGCUCAGCAGCCCGGUCAAAGCACUCUGUAAGCGUUGGCGGUCCCAUCCCGGUUGUAUGUGGACAGGCUGCUGA